AUGGAACACAGUCAACCUACUUCUGAGGAGAGACCAGACAUUCACUACUAUGGACCUUAUUCAAACAGAGUAAAGAUACAGAUUAGAGGAGAGUUUAACUACAUUAAAUCAAAGAUUGAGAAGUAUUGGACUAAAUCAGGUUUCUAUCCAGGCUUUGAUAUUAAAGACCUUGGGAACGGCAUAUACAAUAUCACAGACGCUGAGCCAGACUCUGAGCCACAGUACAUCAUUGCUAAAAAGAUUCCCUUCAGAGAAAGAAAGCAACAUGAAGAGUACUCAACCUAUGAAGUUAAGCAUUUCUAUUUGAAAAUCAUUUCAAAAACAAAGUUUGCAAGAAUGAAGGUUACUGAUGCUGACCUAACUGAUGGUACUCAAAUCUUCCUACAUCACAUCCUAAAGAAAGAUACUGCUCAACUCAAGGGUAAUGAGGUAAGAUACGAAGUACAAGUUGAAAUCCUUAACUCAAAGAGAAGGAACGUUGCUUCAGAGCUUAUCACUAUUCUCUCUGGUUUGGCUGAGAAACACCUUGAAUACAUUGAGAGUAAAUUCACUUCAAAGCUUUCAAAGAUAGCUAAUUCCAUUGAAUCAGUUUUCAGACCUAAUGGCGGAACCAACAUCUUGACACCAAUCUAAAAGCAACUGGAAAACUUUUUAGCUAUCAAGGCCAAGCUUGAGAAUGGUUACGAAGCAUUCAUUAAACCAAACAACAAUGAUAAAAUCUAGUACUUAGACUACGGUCUUCCAGGAUUGAGAUUAUUCAAAUAUGCUGAUCAAGUUGGUAGAGGUUUUAGUUUGAGAUCAGACAUAUAGAUCCUAAGAUCCGUCUUCCUCCAACUCGGAACAAGUAUCGACUUCAUUAAGAAAUCAGCUGAUGCCGAUGAUUAAUUCCAUUUACCAUUCGUACCUAAGGGUGAAAAAUUCAGCAUUGUCAAGGAGGUUGCAUUGAACUGGUACAAGGAUGAAUAUUUCUGCUUUGAAUUGUUUAAUGGCUGCAACCCAUUCACCAUCAAAGUAGCUGAAGUUGAAAAACUUAGAUAAGAGUUCAAAGAACUUUAUGACGAGCACGAUCAACUCAUUGAUCUUUCAAAGUUCGAGAGAGGAGAUCUCUUCAUAAGUCAAUACCCAGAACUAAGAAAGUUUGCUACCCCUAAUUAUGAGCAUGCUUCCACUAGAGGACUCUACUUUAGAGAGCCAGAAGUUCUUUCUGCCAUUGUUGAUGGAAAGCACGUACCACUUGCUAUUGGAUUCUACUUCGGACCAGACGGUACUGACUUCGAGGUAUUCACUCCAAGUGGCAGAUGGAGAGAACACAAAACCCCUAAGAAUCUUUGGAUUCUUGCUAAGAUGCAUGCACUCUGCGCUGAUUCACAAACCCACGAAGUCUUGAAGCACUUGGGAAUGAGUCACAUGAUCGGUGAAACCUUCGCUAUCUCUCACCACAAUGCUUACAACCAUUUAACCAAUGAAAAGGGCGUUCAGGGAAAUACUGUUGUCGGAGACAUGCUUGCCCCUCAUUUUGUUAAUCUUAUUGGUAUCAAUAACUUAGCUAGAGUUACCCUCAUUGCUCCACUUAGUAACUCACUCAGUCUUUUCCAAGGAGUAAGAGGUGAGGACUUUGCAGAGCUUAUCGCACGUUGGUACACUGAGAGAAGUGAUAUCUGGAAUGUUGAGGUUGGAUUCUACGAGGAGGCAAGAAACAGAGGAUUCGACCCAAAUACCUUCAAACACGGGCACAAAUAUAGAUAUCUUAGAGAUGGAAAAAUCAUCUAUGAUCAUAUUCACAAGUAUGUUCAGAAGGUAAUCAGUGCUCAGUACCCUACUGAUGAAUCCGUAAGAAAUGAUAAACUUUUGAACGCUUUCUUUGAUGGAAUUGCUAGCGAAAAGAAAGGUGAUAUCAGAGGCUUCCCUAAAACUCCAAACACAGUCCAUACUGUGAUCGAGACAUUAACCAAAAUUAUUUGGCAAGUUUCUGGCUAUCAUUCGGCCUUGAAUUUCAGUCAAGUCUAAUCUUACAACUACUCAGCUUUCAGACCACCCGGUCUCAGACAACCAUUGCCAAAACUCAGCACCUACAGACAAGACUUGUCAAUCAAGGAUAAGGGAUGGUUGACUGAAGACGAUGUAUCAAUUAAGUACAUCCAUGAAACUCAGCCCACCAAUGCACAAAUCUUUGGUAUGACUGAGAUUGCUAACGUUCUCACUACUAGAACAGUUCAAACCUUCAAUGACUGGUCUUCCCCUUUCACUAGAGCUAGACACGAUGUAGAGGCAAACAUUGCUUCACACUAAGCUCAUACUGAAUUUGUUGCUGAAAUGAAGCAAGUUCAAGAAAGUUUCACUAGAGAUAAUGAGACUUCUCAAUUUAGAUACAUUCAUCUUUUACCCAGCAACAUUGAUAUUUCUUUAUCAAUCUGA